GGAGAAAGAUCGUCCUUAUUUGGUGUUUUCAGCGCUGUCGUGUUAGAGGGAGCUUGCUCGGAACUGACUUCAUGCAUCAGUUGGUACACCAUGCUGAUACUGGAGUGUCUCCUACCAUAACAAACCUCUCCGUUCUACAAAGGAUUCUAAGGGGGAAUCAAAAUGUCCAGUGAAAGACAGGGGCGGUCAGAUGACGAGAGUCCAAGCACCAGCAGUGGUAGUUCUGAUGCGGACCAGAGAGACCCGGCGGUGCCGGAGCCGGAGGAGGCGGAGGAGAGAAAACAGCAGCCCCCCACACCUCCUCAGCAACAGAAGAAACCCACCAAAUUAUCCAGCAAGACUACCGCCAAGUUGUCCACUAGUGCUAAAAGAAUCCAGAAGGAGCUCGCUGAGAUCACUCUAGAUCCACCACCUAACUGCAGUGCGGGACCCAAGGGAGACAACAUCUAUGAAUGGAGAUCCACCAUCCUGGGACCACCAGGCUCUGUGUACGAGGGAGGGGUCUUCUUCCUAGAUAUCACCUUCUCAUCCGACUACCCCUUCAAGCCACCAAAGGUGACAUUCCGCACCAGGAUCUACCACUGUAACAUCAACAGUCAGGGUGUGAUCUGCCUGGAUAUCCUGAAGGACAACUGGAGCCCCGCCCUCACCAUCUCCAAGGUGCUGCUGUCCAUCUGUUCCCUGCUCACAGACUGUAACCCUGCUGACCCUCUGGUUGGUAGCAUUGCCACUCAGUACCUGACCAACAGAGCCGAGCAUGACAGGAUAGCCCGACAGUGGACCAAGAGAUACGCCACUUAGAGGUCACGACCCCUAACCCCGUCCUGUCUGAUCCCCUGUCCACCCAGUCCCCCUGCCUGCAGUGUGAAGGUCCCGGAAGGCGACGUCACAUCGUGCAACAAAUCUUUAUAGCCUUUACAAUACGGACUUCUGUGUAUAUGUCUGAUUACUGAUUCUACUCCUCCACAUUUUUUCCCUGCUAUGAGGACUGGGUCUGAAGAGAGACAGAGAGAAAGAUCCAAGCAGGCAUUGUCUCACGUCAGAUAGCGAAGUGUCGCCUCUGUCUGCACUGAUAGUUCAUGGCAACACAGAGCGUUAGAAUGACGCCAUCUGUCGGAAGACAAUGCCCAACAAAAGGUAAAUGUAUAUUGGAGUAGAAUUUUGUCGCUGUAGAUUUUAGUUAUGUUUAAAUGCCUCUACUUGCAAGUCUUGCUUCUUUGGGAUAUUAAAAAAUAAAAUGUAUUUUGUGAUGUAAUAAAGGAAACUAUUCCUAAAGUCUCAACCAAAUAUUAUGGUGCAUUUUAGCCUUCUCCAUUAUCUGUAUGAAGUUAAAGAAGAAAAAACAACUAGCUGAUGUAGAUUAUUAGAGAUGAUGAUGUCAUUUAUAUGAAAGCCAGACACCCAUUUCCAGUUAUGUAGUUACAUUAUACUGUUGUGAUGACUCUGUUUUACCUUGUCAAUUUGUAAUGAAAAUGAGAUUUCAUUGAAACCUUUUUGUAGCUCAACAAAAGAUGAGCCACCACUGUAACAUCCCCAAAACACAAUAAACAUGUCCCCAAGGGUUGAAUUGUA